AUGGAGGAUAAUGACAACAUGGACUAUUUCUACCAGCAGGUAGUUCAGAAGGACGUGUCCCGAAGGUUACAGGUCGGCCAGGAUCUUAUUGAUUACCUGAAUGACUCUCAACGUUCCCCAGACGUAGAGCAGGACAAACCUCGCUUAGACAAGACCAUAGACGAGCUGGCAGGAUGGAUCAACGCCAGCAAUUUCAAGGUGGCAUUGCUGGGGAUAGAAAUCUGUGGAGCCUUCGUCAACCGAAUGGGAGAUCGUUUCAAAGGAUACUUGGGCACAGUGUUGCCAGCUCUUGUGGAUCGACUGGGAGAUGGAAAGGAUCAGGUCAGAGAGAACAGCCAAGUCCUCAUCCUCCACACCAUGGAGCAGACGGCCUCGCCCAUGUAUGUUUGGGAAAGGCUGCUCCCUGGUUUCAAACACAAGAACUUCCGCAGCCGAGAAGGAAUCUGCCUUUGUCUCAGUGCCACCAUCAUCGCAUAUGGAUCUAAUGCACUAAGCUUCAGUAAACUUGUUCCAUAUCUCUGCACUUUGACCGGAGACCAAAACCCGCAGGUUCGUGAGGCCUCCAUUACAACACUAGUAGACAUAUAUCGUCACGUUGGGGAGAAGGUCAGACUAGACCUGGCAAAGAGAGGGCUGCCUGCUGCUCGGUUGCAGACAAUAUUUUCCCGGUUUGAUGAAGCCCUGAAUUCUGGCAACAUGGCUCUCAGCCCCAGUCAUGAUCGUAGCUUUGACGACGAUGACAGCGUGGAUGGGAGUCGCGCUUCCUCGGCUCAGACCUUCAAGGUUCCAAAAGUUCCCAAAAAAACCGCAGAGCCUUCAUCUGCUCGCAGGCCCAGUGCAACUGGUGGCAAGCUAGUGUCCAAAGAAAGUGCUGGUGCUCUUGAUGAAGAGGACUUUAUAAGAGCCUUUACAGACGUCCCUCCUGUGCAAAUUUAUUCAACAAGGGAUCUCGAAGACAACCUUAACAAGAUCCGUGAGAUCUGCUCUGAUGACAAACACGACUGGGACCAAAGAGCAAUUGCUCUGAAGAAAAUCCGGUCACUGUUGGUGGCUGGUGCAGCCAGCUAUGACUGUUUUUACCAGCACUUAAGACUCCUGGAUGGAGCCUUCAAACUCUCUGCUAAAGAUCUGAGAUCUCAAGUUGUUCGAGAGGCCUGCAUUACUGUGGGUUACCUUUCAUCUGUGCUGGGAAACAAGUUUGAUCAUGGAGCUGAAGGCAUUGUCCCAGUCCUGUUCAACCUCAUCCCAAACUGUGCCAAAAUCAUGGCCACCUCCGGUGUGUUAGCCAUCCGCAUCAUCAUUCGACACACUCACGUCCCUCGUCUAAUUCCUUUGAUUACUAGUAAUUGCACAUCUAAGUCUGUAGCUGUCAGACGACGCUGUUAUGACUUCUUAGAACUUCUCCUGCAAGAAUGGCAAACACACUCACUAGAAAGGCACACUGCAGUUCUGGUUGAAAGCAUCAAGAAGGGAAUUCGAGAUGCUGACUCAGAAGCCAGAGUGGAGGCUCGCAAGGCCUACUGGGGUCUCAGGAACCAUUUUCCAGCAGAAACAGACGCUCUGUACAACUCUCUGGAACCGUCGUACCAGAAGACUCUUCAGACCCAUUUGAAAAGCUCUGGCAGUGUGGCCUCCCUGCCCCAGAGUGAUCGCUCCUCCUCUUCCUCUCAGGAGAGCCUCAAUCGGCCUUUAUCUUCAAAGUGGUCAGCAACUCCAGGCCGGGUCCCCACGGCCUCUAAGGGCAGGUUGUCGUCAGCCGCACUCCAGCGUUCCCGUAGUGAUGUGGAUGUGAACGCAGCCGCAGUGGCUAAGCACCGGCUCGUCGGACAGUCGGCAGGGGCGAGCCGACUGGCUGCUGGCUCCUACUCCUCUCUGGGUCGUGUUCGCACCAAGCAGCCGCUGUCCACUGCCGGAAGUAUUUCAAGUCAAGUGGACUCGCGAGGACGAAGCCGCUCUAAGAUGGUGUCCCAGUCCCAACCGGGCAGUCGGAGUGGUUCCCCUGGGCGUGUCCUGACCACAACAACCCUCAGCACCAUGAGCUCUGGAGCCCACAGAGUCCUGGGCGGGACCACACCGGACAGCCGCAGACGCAGCAGGAUCCCCCGCAGUCAGGGCUGCUCCCGGGACUCCUCCCCCACACGCCUUUCUGUCGCUCCCUCCAGUCUUAGUAGUUCUAUCUACAAUGGGGCUAGCAGAGGAGCGCGGGGAAGCCGUAUUCCGCGGCCCAGUAUGAGUCAGGGUUGCAGCAGAGAUGCCAGCAGGGAGAGCAGUCGGGACACCAGCCCGGUUCGCUCCUUCACACCUCUGGCGACGCGGAGCUACUCUCGCUCCACUGGGGCUCUCCACACACCUGACUCUUUCGGGGCAGCAGGCUCAGGGUUUGGGAUCAGCCAGUCCAGCCGCCUUUCGUCUUCAGUCAGCGCCAUGCGAGUCCUGAACACCGGCUCUGAUGUGGAGGAAGCUCUUGCAGAUGCAUUGCUGUUGGGAGACAUGCGAUCCAAGAAGAAGCCAGCACGGCGGCGGUAUGAAAACUAUAGUAUGUACUCGGAUGACGAUGCGAACAGUGAUGCGUCCAGUGCCUGCUCCGAGCGCUCGUAUAGCUCCAGAAAUGGAGGCGCCAUCCCAACGUACAUGAGGCAGACUGAAGACGUGGCUGAGGUCCUGAACAGAUGUGCUAGCGCUAACUGGUCUGAACGAAAAGAGGGUCUUUUGGGUUUACAAGCUCUGCUCAAGAAUCAACGCACUCUCAGUCGGGUGGAACUGAAGAGACUAUGUGAAAUUUUCACUAGAAUGUUUGCUGAUCCUCAUAGCAAGCGAGACUCCGGCAGGGUGUACGGCACGGCAGAAUCCGGUAUAAGCUCGGCGUCCUUCAAGGUUUUCAGUAUGUUCCUGGAGACUCUGGUAGACUUUAUCCUGGUGCAUAAGGAGGACCUGCUGGACUGGCUUUUUGUCCUGCUCACUCAGCUACUCAAGAAGAUGGGCGCUGACCUCCUCGGCUCUGUACAGGCUAAAGUUCAACGGGCACUGGAUGUCACGCGAGAGUGUUUUCCCAAUGAUCUCCAGUUUACAAUCCUCAUGCGGUUCACUGUGGACCAGACACAGACUCCAAACCUCAAGGUAAAGGUGGCUAUUCUGAAGUACAUAGAGACACUGACAUUACAGAUGGAAGCUCCCGACUUUGUGAACUCCAGCGAGACGAGACUGGCUGUGUCCAGACUCAUUACCUGGAUGACUGAACCAAAGAGCCCGGAAGUUCGAAAAGCAGCUCAAGCCGUGCUCAUUGCCUUGUUCCAACUCAACACCCCUGAGUUCACUAUGCUGCUUGCUGCGCUGCCCAAAACGUUUCAGGAUGGAGCCACAAAAUUGCUUCAAAAUCAUCUGAAGAACACCGGCAAUGUAGCACAGGCACAAAUUGGAAGCCCUCUUACUCGCCAUACGCCCAGAUCUCCAGCCAGUUGGUCUAGUCCAGUCACGUCGCCAACAAACAUCUCUCAAAACACCCCUUCACCAAGUGCUUUUGACUACGACACAGAAAACAUGAACUCUGAGGACAUCUACAGCUCACUGAGAGGUGUGACUGAAGCAAUUCAAAACUUCAGUGUUCGCAGCCAAGAGGACAUGAACGAUCCACUUCAACGGGAAGACGGCGGAAGUGAUUGCAGAGCCUCCGAUGCAGUGGAAGGUGGGCGCAUGGCGCUGGACAACAAAACGUCUCUCCUCAACACACCUCUGCUUUCAUCGAGUCCACGAGGAGGCCGCGAGCACUUUGACUCUCCGAUCAAGCACAGCCGCAAACACACCAGCCUGGACGACUCGGAACUCACAGAUGAGAGAAGCUUGGAUCAAUCUGAGCUAGUGGCAGAGCUGUUGAAAGAGCUCUCCAACCACAACGAGCGGAUCGAGGAGAGAAAGGCCGCACUGUGUGAACUGCUCAAACUCAUUCGUGACAAUACCCUGCAGGUUUGGGACGAACAUUUCAAAACCAUCUUGCUGCUGCUGCUCGAGACUAUGAGUGACAAAGAGCAUUUGAUACGAACGCUGGCUCUACGAGUUCUGAGUGAGAUUCUUGUGAAGCAGCCCUGGAGGUUCAAAAACUAUGCAGAACUCACCAUCAUGAAAGCCCUGGAGGCCCACAAAGACCCACACAAGGAGGUGGAAAAAGCAGCUGAGGAGACUGCAGCGAUGUUGGCCCAGUCCAUCAAUCCAGACCAAUGUAUCAAAGUGUUGUGUCCCAUCAUUCAGUCUGCAGACUACCCCAUCAAUUUAGCCGCCAUCAAGAUGCAGACUAAGGUCAUCGAAAGGAUUCCUAGAGAGGGCUUGAUAUCAAUGUUGCCAGAGAUAGUGCCGGGUCUCAUACAGGGAUAUGACAACUCUGAGAGCAGCGUACGAAAAGCCUGUGUGUUCUGUUUGGUGGCAAUUUAUGCAGUGAUUGGCGAGGACCUCAAACCUCACCUCAGCCAACUAUCAAGCAGCAAGCUGAAGUUGUUGAAUCUCUACAUCAAGCGUGCCCAAUCUGGCUCCAGUGGAAGUGAUCUUGCUUCAGAAGGCCUAUAG